AUGCAUCUCCGAUGGUGCAGGGAUGAGUCUAAGGUUAAAGGAGUUGCGCAGACGUCGUUCAAUGACGGGAGAAGAGUGUAUCUUAUCCUCGAAUUAUCGGACAUUCCUGAGUCGAAGUUUCAAAGAGGUGAAAAAUCGUCGAUGAACUUUCCAGAUCUUGAAACAAAAAGAUUGAAUGAUAUCGGAGAUUUACAAUUUUACCAAACUUUUGUUACUCGUCCAUGCGUCGGUCGCAUCGCUCAUCGUCGCUUGGGGCUUCCCUCUAUUCUCAUCGUACCACGCCAAAUUGUCUUGAGUGAUUUCAUGCCAAACGUUCAAACGUUGCAUGUGUCAUGA